AUGCAUCGUACUUAAUUUUUGUUAUUAGGCUGUUUUAAUGCUAGAUAUUUUCUGACUAAUUUACGUGUUUUCUACUUAAAUAUUGAGCAUAUGGAUUGUCUUGGAUUUCUUUCAUUUGUUCACGAUUGUAUGUUUGGAGAGGAAAUGGAGCACUAUUUGAUCUGCUUUUGCUUCUGAAGCCACCCAAAGGGAGAACAAAGAAGAUUGAAGUGAAUUGGUUCCUAAUUGUCUUUUGAAAUGGUCACUAGUAACCAUUGCUUUGGCAAUGAUUGUCAUAGUGUUGUCCUGAUUCGGCAUUCUUCGCCAUGCAGUUAGUCUCAAAUGAUAGUAAUAGGGAAGAUAUUUCAGAAAGUGAACCCAUCCUACCUCGAACCAGCAUUUUGCAAAGAUCUGAAGAAUCUUCAUCUUCAUGCGAGAUUACAGCCGUGGGAGGGGAAUGUGCUAUUGGUAAUGGUGACUUACAAAAUCUUCAUCUUGAGGAGAGUUGUCAUCUGGUGAAUACGGACCAACCACAAUGCCGUAUAUGCCUUGAUAAUGGAGGAGAAGACUUAAUUGCACCGUGCCAUUGCAAGGGCACCCAGAAAUAUGUUCAUAGAUCUUGUCUUGAUAAUUGGAGGUCAACUAAGGAGGGCUUUGCUUUUGCUCACUGUACAGAGUGUAGGGCUAUGUUCAUAUUACGAGCAAAUGUCCCACCUGAUCGCUGGUGGUUGAGAUUGAAAUUCCAGUUUCUUGUUGCUAGGGACCAUCUGUUCAUUUUUAUAAUUGUCCAGAUGAUUGUGGCUUUAUUGGGGGUGCUUGUAUACAAGUUUUAUGGAGAUGAACUUAGAGAAAUGUUUGGAUAUGAAGAACACCCAUAUGGGUUUUAUGCAAUGGCUGUUUUAGCCAUCAUUUUGGUGGGUUUGCUCUAUGGUUUCUUCAUAGCUAUAAUAUGCGGUCAGAAGAUCAAUCAACGCCAUUACCAUGUUCUUGCCAAACAAGAACUAACAAAGGAGUAUGUGGUAGAAGACCGAGAAGAGAAUACAAAUGUCCCUGAACUCGACCCUAGCCAUGUGACCGAGCUCAAAAUGUUGGGUCUCUAUUAACUUGAAAGUCUGUAUCCCUGUUUAAUUUCUGGUGAUAUAUGGUAAAACUUUCAAUGUUGCCACCAACUGAAAAGAAACUUAGGAAGUGCUGAGUUUAAGACAAAAAAUAAUGCAGGUCGGUUGGUCUUAACUGAAACUGACAUGAUUGAAAAGCAUCCACUUCAAGAUCAACUUCAGAAUGCCACUUUACAAACUACAGCGAGAAAGGGGUCUUAAAAUGAUUGAAAGCAAUGAAACUCAGAGAGUAAACAAAGUAAAUGCCAUCUGUCUCGUUAUCUCUUCCAUUAACACCCCCCCUUUCUCUCUCUAUCUCUUUCAUACACCGACAUCUCGUUUUAUUGUUAUUUUCUUCUUAAAGAUAUAUGUAUUAUUACGUGUACAUGUAAAUUUGACGUCCCUUGUGUUGUAGUUUUUUUUUAUCAUUUUAUUUUAAAUGAUGCAAGCUAUAGAUUGUCGUUCAGCUUGGAUUCAA